AUGUGUGGGAAGUUGUAUAUUAAUUUUGAAACUGCAUUAUUAGAGAAUUUUUCGGAUGAAUUGAUAAUAGAAUAUGAAGAUGAAGGUAAAAAACAUAAAAUUUUGGUUCCUGUAUAUGCAAGGAGACCUUAAGCUGAUAUAAAAUACGAUGAUUUUUUAGAUUUAGGUUUCAUAAGAAUUUCUAAAGAUGCUGUUAGUUAAAAAGAUUCAGGUAUUUUUAGAGGUUUAAUUGAAGUUCAUAUUGAAGAUAUAUAAAAUAUAGGAAAAAUAGAUAUUAGUGCUACUGCAGUUGACUAUAAUAAAGUUAUUUUAGAUGAAUAAUAAUCUUAGAUUACUAAUAUUGAUUUUGGUGAAAUUUAUUUUGGUUAAUAGAAAAAACAUACUGGAUAUUUAAUUAAUAAUACACCGAAACCAUAAAAAUUUAAAGUAUUGAUGAAAUUAGGUGUAUUUAAUCCUAAUGAUGAAUUCGUUACCUUAUAAACGCCAGCUGGAUAAGGAAGAGAAAUAACAGAAUAAAUAAUGUGUGUGAAGCCAAAUAAUGGAAUAAUAUAGCCAUAUUCCAAUACUAAGUUAAUAUUUGAAUGCAAUUCAGAAGUAAAAUACGAACAUGUAUAACAGUGUAGAAAAUACGCCUAGAAUUUAUCUGAAUAGAAAAUUUUAGUCUAAGAAUUUAACUAUUAUUCAAUUUUUUAAUUCGAUGAUGAUGAAGAACCAAAAGAUGAUUAAUUAGUAAUCUCUUACUAAGUAAAAAGUACUUUCCCUUAGAUAAAAUUAUUCAAAUAAAUAAUAAAAUUCGGUGAAUGUAAUGCCAAUGAUCACAGAGAUAAUGGCUUUGAUAUUGAAAAUAGACAUAAUAAAUUACCUUUAGAUAUAGAAGUAUUAAGACUGCCUUGUUUUUAAAUACUUCCGAAGAAAUUCAUUUUAAAUCCAAAUCAGGUAACAUCUCUAAAGGCUAGUUUUAGCCCUAAUAAUGUCGGAGUUUAUAAAAAAGAAAUCGAAUUAAGCAUUUUAGGAGGAUUGUAUAUUAUUGGUAUAAAAGUGGAAGGAAAUUGUUAGAGAUUUGGGGAUAAAAGGCAGAAAAUUAGAGGUGUGGAGUGU